AGACCCUACUACGUACCCUUUCCUCUAUCUCCCAUUCUCAAUCUUUCCUCCUGGAUCAAACAAAUUAAUGGCUUCCCUACAAGCUUCAUUUCUUCUAUUCUCCUCAUCUUCUUCAUCAAAGAAAACCAUUAUUAAUGCUUCCAUUCACGUCCCAAAACUUCCGAGACUCCUUUACUCAGCUCCAAAAAUCCCAACAAGAAAUCUCCAGGCGGUAGAGGAAUUGAUUUUAAGGGACGUCCCGAUAGAAAAAAAUACGCAGCUCUAUGCCAUCCUUGAGGUCGUGGCCGACAGAGUAGACAUGCACACCAACAUUGGAGAGCAGCGUGACAGCUGGAACACCCUUCUUUUGAGCUCCAUCAACAUGAUAACUCUUGCUGCCGCGACCAUGGCGGGCGUUGCCGCCAUUGGAGGCGUCGGAAUGCCUCUUCUGGCUCUUAAACUGUCUUCCACGCUCUUGUAUUCUGCCGCCACGGCGAUGCUGCUUGUAAUGAACAAAAUCCAGCCUUCACAGCUUGCGGAAGAGCAGCGCAAUGCCGGAAGGUUGUUCAGGCAGCUCCAGAGCCAAAUCGAAGCUAUGCUCGCUCUUCGCACGACAACUGAGGAGGACGUGAAAAGGGUGAUGGAAAAGUUGUUGGCUCUUGACAAAGCCUACCCACUUCCCUUGCUUGGAGCAAUGCUUGACAAAUUCCCGGCAACGUUUGUGCCGGCGGUUUGGUGGCCGAGGAAGAAAGACAAAUCAAAUGAUGCAGGAAAACGGCGUGACGGCCGGAAGAUGGAGAGGAAUGGAUGGAGUGAGGAGCUGGAAGCGGAAAUGAAAAAUAUCGUUGAAAUUGUGAAGAGAAAAGACAUUGAGGACUACGUAAGGCUAGGCAACUUGGCGUUGAAGAUCAACAAGAUUUUGGCCGUCGCAGGGCCGGUGCUCACCGGCAUUGCGGCCGUGGGCUCUGCUUUUGUGGGUGAUGGAUCGGUGGCAGCGAUAGUGGCGGUGACUGCCGGCGCUUUAGCUAGCGCGGUUACUGCUUUUGAGCAUGGCGGGCAAGUCGGGAUGGUGUUUGAGAUGUACAGGAAUUGCGCUGGCUUCUUUCACCUGUUGGAAGAGUCGAUUGAAGGCGAACUUGAAGAAAAAGAUUUGGAGAAAAGAGAAAAUGGAGAGUUGUUUGAGAUGAAGGUGGCUUUGAAGCUGGGACGAAGCUUGUCACAGCUCAGAAAACUUGCCCGAAAAUCGGCUUCUACCCAUGGUGGUGGAACUGAAGCGGAUGAAUUUGCAAGCAAGCUUUUUUGAUUAAUUUCAUUUCUUUGGUUCUUUUUUACAUGCAAGUUAAUUAAUUCCUUUGUAUAAUUAACCAUUAUCCCAUGUAAUUAACUCUUAGAAAAAUAUUAACUUCGAUUCUUUCAUUACGUACAAAAA